AUGUUGGGUAUUGAUCAAAUUGCUAGGUUGGCUGCUGAAGAAGCGCGCAAGGAACAGAACCGAAUCGAUGGAGCGGCUGGCGGAGCGUUCGGGGCGGGCCGUGGAAAGCCCGCCCUGGCUGGACCCACCAAACAAAAGGUAGGAUUUUGAAAUUAUUUAAAUUUAAAUAUUCUUAGAAUUCUAAUUUUGAUUUAGGAGUUUUUAGGACUAUUUUGCAAAAUAUUUUGGUUUAUAUUGUAGUAGAUAAUGAUCAAAAAAUUGAAUUUUUAUUACCUAAACUCCUUAAAUUUUAAAUUUUUGUUACUUAAAAUUGAGAAAAAUGUUGAAAUUUCCGCGACUACUAUAAUUUUAGGCCCAAAAACUUGUGAUUAGCAUGUUUGUGACACUUUUUCUUUACUUUCCUCAACUUUUUCGACUUUCAGGGGCCGUCGUCUUUGUUCAUUUUCAGCGAAGACAAUUUCUUCCGCACCCAUGCCCGCAUGAUUAUUGAAUGGGGUCCCUUCGAGUACUUUAUCCUCCUCACCAUCAUCGGCAACUGUUGUGUGUUAGCCAUGGACGAACAUCUUCCCAAGAACGACAAGAUGCCUUUUUCACAAAUGCUGGUGGGUUACUGUAACAUUUCUACAAAAGUUUUGUAUUUUUUGACAUUUUUUAUAUUUUUGCUUUAAAAACUUUGAAAUUUCGAAGUUGUAAGUUUGAAAAUUGCUCGAAAACAAGCUCUUACCUUUAUAUUGUUGUAGGAACAAACCGAGCCUUACUUCAUGACAAUUUUUUGCCUGGAAUGCUUGCUCAAGAUUAUUGCCUUCGGGUUUAUUUUGCAUAAAGGCUCGUAUCUGAGGUCAGGCUGGAACAUAAUGGACUUUAUUGUUGUUGUCUCAGGGUGAGUGCCAAUGAUAGAUGACAUGCCAUUACAAAACGAUUGGAUAAGUUGUCGAAAUGAAAAUUGUUUUUUGGUAAAAAUGACAAAUGUCAAGACAAAACAUUUUUCAAUUUUGUAAAUUUAUGAAAAAACUUUAAAAUGAACAUACUUUAAAAGAUGACAUAGUAAAUGUUUUACAGUGUUGUAACUAUGCUGCCUUUCUCACCCAGCCACAAUGUUGACAAUCAAGGAGUCGAUUUGCGAACUCUGCGAGCUGUACGGGUAUUACGGCCUUUGAAGUUAGUUAGUGGUAUUCCAAGUAAGUCUUACUGUAGCUUCUACCGUAUUCUUUAAGGGACCAAAAUAUGCAUCACAGUAUAAAAUAGUACUACUAGUACCGUACCUACACUAAAUAGUACCAAAAGUGUUAUAAUUUUUUUUAAAAUCGAUCAUACAGUAGCAAGAAUGCCAAUACUAACCACAAUGUUUCCAGGUUUACAAGUAGUCUUAAAGUCAAUCCUGUGUGCCAUGGCACCACUGCUCCAGAUUGGGUUGUUGGUCCUGUUUGCUAUUGUAAUAUUUGCCAUUAUUGGAUUAGAGUUCUACUCGGGUAUCUUCCACUCCGCCUGCUACAAUGACGAGGGUGACAUUAUCAACAUUUCCGAACGACCGUUCCCCUGCUCCAACAAGAGUAGUGCUACUGGUGCCUACAACUGCGAUGUGGAUGGUACAGUAUGCUUGAACCAGUGGAUUGGGCCAAAUUACGGUAUUACAUCGUUCGAUAACAUAGCUUUUGCUAUGAUUACUGUGUUCCAGUGUAUUACUAUGGAGGGGUGGACUACUGUAAUGUACUAUGUAAGUUUUUUUAUGAAUACUACUGUAGAUUGAAGGACAGAAAGAAGUUGUCGUUCCAUAAACUGUCGUUUGCUUUUAGACUUUUUAUUGUGCAUGUAUGUUACCUUUUUCGUGCUUAACACUUAAGCUACCAUUUUCAGACCAACGAUUCCCUUGGCAGUACCUACAACUGGGCCUACUUCAUCCCUCUUAUCAUCCUCGGGUCCUUCUUCAUGCUCAAUCUCGUACUUGGUGUCCUCUCCGGGUAUGUCAUAACUUUGGUUUUGUUACCUAAUCUUUAGUGAAUUCGCCAAGGAAAGAGAACGAGUCGAGAAUCGUCGAGAAUUCCUCAAACUCCGAAGACAACAACAGAUUGAGCGAGAGCUCAACGGGUAUCUGGAGUGGAUUCUGACGGCCGAAGAAGUGAUUCUGAAGGAGGAUCGUACCACCGACGAGGAGAAGGCGGCCAUCAUGGAAGCACGCAGAAGAGCGGCUACCAAGAAACUGAAGAUGGCGUCGAAGCAACAGUCCACGGAGACAGAAGACUACGACGAGGAGGAAGAUUACGAUGACGAAGAUGAGGAAUCUUGUUACCUAAAUGGUCAGGAAGGCACUGACCUCGAUCCUCAUACUGGGAAGAGACGACAGUUACGUGGUACUGGGAUAUAUGAUACUUGGUGCAAAAAAAUUAGACAUUUACGGUAAGUUUUGGUUUUUUGAGGUCGGGUACUGCAUGAGGCCAUGGUACCGAAAUACUAUCCUUAAGAUGAAUAUGACUAGCUUUUUUAUAAAAAUUAUUGUUUUAGGCUACAACUACGAAUAAUGGUGAAAAGUCAAGUGUUUUACUGGAGUGUGAUCACGUUGGUAUUCCUGAAUACAGCGUGUGUAGCUUCAGAACACCACGGUCAACCAGAUUGGUUUACAGAAUUUUUGAGUAAGUUCGACUUGUCGAUUUUGUGUUUUGUUCAUAAUAUCAUACUAAUUAAAAAUUCAAGUUUAUAGUACGAUAGAAACUGAACUUGGUAGUACGUAUUGUAAUAUCUUAUAUCUUCAGAGUACGCUGAAUUUGUAUUUCUGGGCAUAUUCGUUGGUGAAAUGUUGCUAAAACUGUUUGCCAUGGGUUAUCGGCCGUACUUCGCCUCCAAGUUUAACCGUUUCGACUGUAUUGUAAUUGUCGGCAGUGCCUUUGAAGUCAUCUGGGCUGAAGUCAAAGGGGGAUCGUUUGGUAUCUCCGUGCUUCGAGCUCUGAGACUGCUUCGUAUCUUCAAACUUACAUCGUAAGGCUUUAAUUUUUUUUAAAUUCUUGUUUAUGUCUUAUCUUAUCAUUUAACUUUUUAUUAUAUAUUUUUUAGCCGUAUUUUACCUAAAAUCUGUAUUUCAGCUACUGGGUGAGUCUCCGUAACUUGGUACGGUCUCUUAUGAACUCGAUGAGGUCUAUCAUCUCCCUUUUGUUCCUUCUGUUCUUGUUCAUUGUCAUCUUCGCCUUAUUGGGAAUGCAAUUGUUUGGCGGCAAGUUCAACUUCCCAACCAUGCACCCUUAUACUCAUUUCGAUACCUUCCCUAUAGCAUUGAUUACCGUGUUCCAAAUCCUGACGGGUGAAGAUUGGAAUGAAGUCAUGUAUCUAGCUAUAGAAGCUCAAGGAGGGGUAUACGGUGGCGGAAUGGUCUACUGUAUUUACUUUAUCAUUCUGGUACUGUUUGGUAAUUGUAAGUUUUUAAUGUUACAGAACAUAUGUAGGAUUACGGUAUUUUUAAAUAAUUUUCAAAUGCCUUCUACAAUCACAAUAUACAACUUCUUUCAGACACCCUACUGAACGUGUUCUUGGCUAUCGCCGUCGAUAACUUGGCCAACGCUCAAGAACUCACAGCAGCCGAAGAGGCAGACGAGAAGGCAAAUGAGAUAUCGGACGAUUCAGAUUCCCUAGAAGACCAGUACCCUGACGGUGAUCAGUGUGCCAUAGACAUAGAAGGGCGGAUGAUUGGAGAAGAACUGGCACGAGAGAUAGACGAAGAAGAGUGUGAAGAAGAAGAAUCUCCCUUCGGAGGACCACGACCAAUGGUACCAUUCUCAUCCAUGUUUAUAUUGUCUACCACGAACCCGUUGAGACGGCUGGUGCACAGCAUUGUGAGUACCAAGUACUUCGAGAUGACUGUGAUGGCCGUCAUCUGCUUCUCAUCAAUAUCAUUGGCCGCUGAAGAUCCUGUAGACGAAGAGAAUCCACGGAACAAAGUGUUACAGUACUUUGACUACUGUUUUACUGGUGUCUUCGCUGUCGAAAUGUUACUCAAAGUAUGUUUUUGAUAAUUAUUGUCAUUUUUUAAAAUUUAUAAUUUAAAAAUUAGUUAUAGUUGAUUAUUGUUUUACACGUCUGUACAAUUGUUAUAUUCUAGGUAAUUGACCAAGGUGUACUAUUACACAGAGGAUCGUAUUGUCGUGACUUCUGGAACGUACUCGAUGGUGUUGUUGUAGUAUGUGCUUUGGUUGGUUUUGCGUUCAGUGGAGCAGCUGGUGGUGCUGCAGGAAAGAAUUUGAGUACCAUUAAGUCACUCAGAGUACUAAGAGUGUUACGACCGCUCAAGACUAUCAAGAGGAUUCCUAAACUUAAAGUAAGGCUAUUUAAUAAUAUAUAGUACUAUCUAAUAUAAACCUCUUAUAAGAAAGACGGAAAGUUACAUGCAUUUUGAACUUACCAUGAUAUAACAAGGUAUCGUAUAACAUCUAUAGCAUGAUAUUUUAGGCCGUAUUCGAUUGUGUUGUGAACUCCUUGAAGAACGUGUUCAACAUCCUGAUCGUGUACUUCCUCUUCCAAUUCAUUUUCGCUGUAAUCGCGGUACAAAUGUUUAAAGGAAGGUUUUUUUUCUGCACCGACCGUACCAAAAGAUUCGCUCACGAAUGUCAUGGGGAAUAUUUCGUUUUCACCAAUCAAGUAAGUUGAAAAAUCUUUGUUUUUCUUGGGAUACUCUGUUAAACUUCAAGCCUUUAACAUUAAAAAAUAGCUAACCGAGCUUCCGAUAGUAUAAGGGAAAUAAUAAGUUUCAAUUAGGUAGAUAUUAACGUUGUGACGACUAUUUAAACAUCUAUUCAGUCCAUCUACAGUUAAGAUAGUUUUUUAUUCAAAAUAUCAAUAAAAAUCAAGCGAACGGGGGUUCACUCGACGACAGAUCGAAUUGAAGCCGUCACAAACUCGGAGUCGGUGUCUGUGUUCGGUAGUACGAUACGACGAUUACCGCGCACCACAUCGCCACAAGAGUGGACUGGCUGAAGUUGGCGUAGUGCAAACAAACGUUGAAAUUGGGGGUCUUGUUCCAUCAACUAAAAAAAUUUGGGAUUACAAUAUUGUAGUAGACGUUGAGUACAAUUUAAUAUUUUAGUAGGCUUAUUAAGUUAUCGAACAGGUCUCAAAACACGAUAAGAACGAUAAACUAACAUUUCCAUCAAGCUCAAGUAUAAUAUCACCAAGAUAAUGCUCCAAUAUGUCCGUAGGGCAGAAAGCGAUAAUAAUAAGCAUCUCCCAGAUAAACAAUGGCAUACUCAGCUGAAUACAUGCGAAUCCUGGAUUGGGAUGGCUGCUGUAUCUAAAAGCUACUUUCCUUGAAGAAACAGCAUUGGAAGAUGAGCUCCAAGUAAUAAAAUUUCUAUCCUUAUUUGUUCAAAUGAAAGUUGAAAAGCAAUGUAAACUGACCUACCUGUAGAUAGCAAUGUAGAGAAGACAGUUUAAGAUGCUGAAGAACCCCCCGAUUCUAGUAAGGUACUGAUAAGCGCGCGAUUCCACAGACAUGAACUGUACCUGAUUCUCAUUCUGACUCCCAAACAGAUUAGUCAGCCAUCGACCGAACACCAUUAUGAACAAAACACGAAAUGACCAUUUCAGAAAUUGAAAUUUUUAAAAUUAUUUAUUUUGAAUUUUUCACAGGUCAGAGUAAAAUCUAGCUAGAGUAUAGGAUCUUGAGCUUCGAGAAAAUAAUAGUUUCAAAGAGAAAUACUUAACGCUAAAAUCAAAAUGAGUCAAGUUUACCAACGAAAAGAUUCACAUGUGACUACAUUUAUAUUGGUCUUCCUUUUAUUGGAAGAUCUUUUAAAAUUGUCGUAUUUUACUAAAAACUAAAUUUCAGAACGAAGCUCCAAGUGUAGCUCUCCGUGAAUGGAAACUAAGACCUUUUAACUAUGAUAACACUAUCAAUGCCAUGUUGACAUUGUUCGUGGUAACAACAGGCGAGGGAUGGCCAGGGAUACGUCAGAAUUCGAUGGACACAACAGAUGAAGAUCAAGGGCCGUCACCGUUCUUCAGAAUAGAAGUAGCAUUGUUCUAUGUCAUGUUCUUCAUCGUGUUCCCUUUCUUCUUCGUCAACAUCUUCGUUGCCUUGAUUAUCAUCACGUUCCAAGAGCAAGGUGAAGCGGAAUUGUCAGAAGGAGAUCUGGACAAGAAUCAGGUAGGAUAAUAUAAUCGUUUUGUGGUAUAAAAUGAUGUUUUCAUGGCUUAUUUUGAUCGAUUAAGAGUAAUAUAAUGUGUUUCAGAAGCAAUGUAUCGACUUUGCACUGAAUGCUCGUCCUCGGUCGCUUUUCAUGCCGAACGACAGAAACUCGUUGAAGUACAGAAUCUGGAAAUUGGUGACGUCAACACCUUUCGAGUACUUUAUUAUGGCCAUGAUUUGUGUCAACACUAUCAUUCUCAUGAUGAAGGUGAGUUGGUAUUUGAAAAUGGCAUUUGCUACCUCAAUGAUAAAAUUAAUAGUUACUGAUUUUACUAUUUUACGAUAUUUGAUUUUACUAUAUUUGAAAUAGAAACAAUAAGUUAUUCUACAUUUUCAGUUCCACGGUAAUUCAGAAGUCUAUGAAAAGGUGUUACGAUUCUUCAACACAGCGUUGACGGCGGUUUUCACAGUAGAAUCCAUAUUAAAAAUAUUGGCGUUUGGUGUGAGGGUAAGUGGUCAACAUUAAUGUGAUAAGCAUAUCUUUUUCUGAACUUUAACGUUAAUUUUUGUUUUAAAACUUAAAACAAAUUAAAUCAAUUGUUGUUAUCAAAUAGUAUAUUAGUAUCAGUGAAGAUCGCCUUGAUAAUUUUAAAACUAAUUCUUUUUGUUUCACGUCUCUAAGUUAUGUUUGAAGCGAGUUAUAGCCUCCGCCGAUAAAUUCAGGCGUCCGCCGAGUCUCCGCUGAUGUUUGAAAAUCCAAAACUUGGCUAAAAAUGUCAUUUUCAACCAAAAAAUUGUCAAAAACUUAGAAAAUUUCACCAAAAAAAGCAUUUCCAACUGAAAAUAUGUGUAAUUCCGGGGAAAAUGAAAACUUUUUGAAAAAUCAUAACGCCCUUAAUAUGUACUUAAAAAAUCCAAAAUUUUGUGGCAAAAAACUUGCGGUUCCAAACUUUCAUCAUGCCAAGUUUGGCAUCUGUAGCUUUGCUGGGAAGAAAAUUAUAGCUCGUUAGUUUUUAACAUUUUUCUUGGAACACCCUGUAACGUUAUAUUACUUCAGAACUACUUCCGAGACGGUUGGAACAGAUUCGAUUUCAUCACGGUAGUCGGCUCCAUAACAGAUGCUUUAGUGACAGAGUUCGGAGGUCACUUCGUAUCCCUCGGCUUCCUCCGUCUCUUCCGUGCCGCUCGUCUGAUCCGUCUCCUCCAACAAGGCUACACCAUCCGUAUAUUGUUGUGGACCUUCGUCCAGUCCUUCAAAGCGCUACCGUACGUCUGUCUUCUAAUUGGAAUGUUGUUCUUCAUCUAUGCGAUCGUUGGUAUGCAAGUGUUUGGUAACAUACUGCUGGAUUCUACCACGGAAAUCAACCGACACAACAACUUCCAGAGCUUCUUCAACGCUGUGAUUCUGCUGUUUCGGUGUGCUACGGGAGAAGCGUGGCAGGACAUUAUGAUGGGCUGUACGGCCGGGAAAUGGUGUGCGAAGCCGAAUUCGUUGGAUAUGAAUGUACCAAAAGGACACACCUGUGGAACCAACAUGAGUUACGCAUACUUUACUUCGUUUGUCUUCUUGUCAUCAUUCUUGGUACGUUUUGAUACCUUUAGCUUAAAAUAAUGUUCGACAAGGUUGCUUUGUCGUUAUGUAUUUUGUCGCACGAGGCAUACCUCGCUUAAAUAUGUUAAUUUAGAUGUUGAACUUGUUCGUUGCUGUCAUCAUGGACAACUUUGACUAUCUAACCAGAGACAGUAGUAUCCUAGGUCCCCAUCACCUUGACGAAUUCAUUCGAGUUUGGGCUGACUAUGAUCCAAAGGCUGAGUAAGUGAAAAACAGACAUUCUACAUACUAUAACAUUUUCUCUCAUGUAAUGGUAUAUAAAGUACUGUGUAUUUAUUGUUUUUUCAGUACUAUUUUUAAUUUAUCCUGAUUCCAGAGGCCGCAUCAAGUACACAGACAUGUACGAGAUGUUGAGGAAUAUAGCUCCACCGGUCGGUUUCGGUCGAAAGUGUCCGUAUCGUUUGGCCUACAAGCACCUGAUCCGUAUGAACAUGCCAGUAGAUGACGAUGGUAAAGUCCACUUCACAACCACGUUGUUCGCUUUGAUCCGCGAAUCUCUGAGUAUUAAAAUGCGACCAGUCGAAGAGAUGGACGAGGCUGAUGAAGAACUUCGUCAAACCUUGAGGAAGAUCUGGCCAUUGAAAGCGAAGAAGAACAUGAUCGAUCUGGUGGUACCUCCUAAUGCAGAACUGUGCUUCCAGAAGCUCACGGUGGGCAAGAUCUACGCCGGGCUUCUGAUUCUGGAGAACUACAGAGCCAGAAAGUCGGGAACUGAAGUAGGUUACCAAGGUUAUUGGAAAAGGUUGAUAGGUUGAAGUUAAUAAUGUACAGUUUAAGACUAUAACAUGGUAGUUUAGAGCAUGCUAAUCCAGAAAUUAUGUCAUCGCAAUGUCAUUUUUAAUGAAAAUUGGGAAAAUAAGAAAUAUUUAGACUUUUAGUCCCUUUUUAAACGUAAGAUAUGACAAAAUACCAAAUUUUAUUCCUAAAAUACGAAAAAGAUAACUCACGCUGUGAUGACGUGAUACCAAUGACUAACCAGAUCGUUGCAACAUAACAAUAUAUUAUACUUUAGCAACUGGAAAACAUAAAACGUCGAGCUGCCCAGCUGCUAUUAAGGCCCAAAGCGGCCAAUACGGCCCAUAAAUUCGAUGAGGUUACUCUUUCUUUAUGCAAAUUACUCACGUUUUCUUUAUUUUUUGUUUGGAACGCCCCCUCCAGUUUUUUUGAUUGGUUCACUUACCCCAACGAGUUUUAGCAGCCUUAAUCAGCACUAGAACUAAUGCAGUCGAUUAUCACUCCAACCGUUUUUAUCACAGUUCAAGCAGCCCGAGCAUACCAUGUCCCGCGGCUGGUACUGUAACUUAUCAUUUUCAGAUUGGCGGAGGCGGAUUGUUCGGCGGAGGCCUGCGGUCGUUGGUGGCCGCGGCCAAGUCAGCCGCUGGCGCAGGACAACUGCCCAACAAUACUCCGAACUCAGCACCAAACACAGAGAGGGACCAGAUGGAGAACAACUUGUUCCCAUUGGUUGCGCGACAACAACCCGCAACUCCGACGUCAAGGGCUGAGAGUCCUACUGUAAGUUGACUACAAAUUUGAUAUAUAAAAAGUGGAUAUUGUUUUUGCAUUGUUUGAUUUUAAAGGACCAGUUCGUCCAUUCAAAUAUCAUUGGCAUUCUGUCGCAAAAAGCGUCGAAAAUCAGGCAAUUUCAAUCAAAAUCAUUUUUUUCAAAAAAACGUGAGUGGGUCGGAGUCGAAAUGAAUUUUCCAAUUUGGGACCGACCUGCUCAGGUUUUUUGCGGAAAAAAUGAACAUCGAAUUUUUGCGACAGAAUGCCAAUGUUAUUUGAAUGGGCGAACUGGUCCUUUAACUUGAUUUUAGAAGCCUUAUUCUCUCUUGUCAUCGUUGGUAGACAGCAUCAAGGUCAACAAGAACAUUGACGACCCAGAAGGCUCUUCUGUGGACGAUGACUACAGGUAGCACAUCUUUUUAUAUUAUUAUUUACUUAUGUUUAUAUACCAUUAUUUACGUAUUAUUAUUAAGUUUCAUAUUCUGAAUUCUAUAGUAGAAUACUAAUAUUACACUGUUUCUAUUGUCAUUUCUAAGUUUCAGUCGAAAGCCGAACGCUGGUCGCAAACUUUCUGGAAUGUUUAUGCGAAUCCGUAAGCCUAGUCGACAAGACCAACCGCCUCAAGUAAGUUUAAGUGUGAGUUUAUAUGACCUAUUCUUUACUUUUACUACUCUUGGUACUGUAUUCAACCUUUACAGUAACUAUUUUUCAAGAUGUACUGGGUUUCUAGUAGUAUGAGGUUAAACUCAGUACCCUAACACCAUAUUAUUAACACUGUUUGUUGUUGUCACUUUCCCUCCCACUUUCCCUUUUUACAGCGCGUGUUACACCUGAAUUUCCGGAACGGUUAUCGAUUUGUGGACGCGGCCAGUGUGGCCAGUGAGGUAAAAGGAGGGCUGCGCUUGUGUGCUGUGUAUUAUUUAUUUUCCGUUUCCGGCUUCUGUAUCUUGUUAUCGUGAUUACAUGGUCUCUAAUUCUUUGCUUUUUAGACGCAACAACUGCUCAGAAGUUCUCGGACUCCAUCGCCAGUCGAUUAUGCUCAACCUGGAGGUCAUUAUCAGUCGAAUGCUAGAGGCAAUGCAUUCCCGGGACGAAGGGGUGAGUUAUGAGGCACCUUUACUGGUACUUCAGCGUAAUUUAAGGCCUUACAAUUCUGAUUUAAUUGUUCAUAUUAAAAUUACAGUAGAACACCAAAACGCCUUGGGCAGGAACCCAGGAGAUCAGUAUCAAAUGGCACCGUACCCACACCACAGCCCUGACAUGAGCAGAUAUGGAUCGACCAGUCGAGACUUCAGCUCCAACAACUAUCACAACAACGAUUAUCCUCGUCGGCACAAUUACAGUAAGUUUUAAAUUGUAACUUUUUUUAAAAUCUGUUAUUAUAAGACAUAAAGGCUAUGUUCAUAUAAGACCCAAAGACUACAAAUAGUAUCGUACUGUAUUUUUAGACGGUUCAGACGAAGAAGACUCAACAUCGACAACAGCACGACGAUUCACGUACAAUCCAGCACCAAUGCGUCGAUUGCCAAUAAUAGAGCCAGAUGACAACUACGGAAGCCCUGGCUAUUCGUACACGCCUCCAAAUGAAGGUGGCUACACCAAUGCCUAUGCUGGAGUACAUCGGAAUCCUUAUGCUGUGGAAGGCAGAAGAGCAGCGUCACCAAACGUAUCUCCUAGUAGGCAAUUCCAAGAUCGAAGUGGGUUUUAUAAAUUGUUUGAGAUUUUUAACAUUGUGUUACAGUAUAAAGUGACUUACUUGCAAUAACUAACCAAUAUUUUUAUAGUAAUCCCGCCAGAGCGGCCUUACAACCAGCCGGUAACCCCAGAAGCCCCCUUCGAGACCCACUACCUACCUCCAGUCCAAACUCUUCCUUAUCGUCGACCAGGCCCCAACAUCACGGAUCCCUUGUACGGAGCUCCUCACAAUACACCAGCCUUGUUCACCAACAGGUCCACGAAUCCUGUCAUUCAAAGUCAGCCGGGUCAUCUGCCUUUAAGUGAUUCUGAACCGGAAGAUGGAGCUGACGGGCCUUGGGCAAUCGUCUAG